AUACACCGUAGUAUGACUCGACAAGUCGUAUAUAAUUUUAGUAAAAUUUUAAUUUCAAAUUUUACUGCUCAAAUGUUCUGAAAGCUAGAAAGAACGAAUCUGAAGUUAACCUACUGCAGUGUUCAUCAUGACGUUGCAAUGACACGUGACGUAGAAGCGAUACUCCAGUAGUUUUUAAUAGUAGGUUUCUAACAAAAAUUGUGAUCAGUAUUACUUGUUGUGACUUCCAAUGGCCGCAGAAGUAACAAAUUGCAUUUUCUGCAAAAUUAUCCGAAACGAAGAACCGGGUGAGAAAAUUUACGAGGACGAGGAUGUUACAUGCAUUAAAGAUAUUAGACCAGCGUCGACACAUCAUUAUUUGAUAAUACCAAACAGACAUAUACGUAAUGCGAAAGCACUUAAACCAGAAGAUUCCGAACUUUUUAAUAAGAUUGUUGCCACAGUAGACGUAAUCUCAGAAAAGCUGAGCCUUGAUCCUGCAUCUAUUCGAACGGGAUUCCAUUGGCCACCGUUUAACACUGUCGAUCAUUUACAUCUCCAUGUUAUUUCCCCAAUAGACCAAAUGAAUAUUAUGAGAAAGAUGAUGUUUAGUCCAAGUACCUACUGGUUUGUAAGCACGGACUACGUCAAAUCUCGCCUGGAGGAGUAUAAAUAAUGUCAGUUAUUGUUAUAGCGUUACUUGUCAUUAGUUUUCUUUUUGAUAACGAAGAUUGCGAUUUUACACAAGAAAUUCAUAACUCAGUGAAGCAUUUGGCGUAAUUUGGUAAGAAUAGAAAUAUUUACAGGAUUUAACA